GAUUAUCUUCGUUCCUUCUCUGUGCCUCUCAACCGAUGCUCACUUUUUUCUCACUGGCUCUGCUGGUUCCCAUCCCGGGGGCACACGGGCACCCCUACUUCCCCCUUGCCAUCCUGCCCACAUUGGAGAACCCUGAGUGGGAGGCUGACUUACUCCAGCUCCAGGCCUCCCUUGAUGUCCCAGGGGCUGUAGCUGCAGCGGGUCUCCGCUCUUGGGGGCAGCUGCUGGAGCUGGGACCAGAGGACCCACGCCUGGGCCUGCUCAGCGAGCUGGUGGAAGAGAACGGCUGGGGACAGAAGGGCUUGAUGAGGGGCCAGAGGGGGGAUCUGGAGAGGAGGCCGCUGGGUCCCUUCCCCGGUCACCCUAUGGACACUCUGCACUACCAAGAGGGGGGAGAAGAGGGAGGAGAGGGAGGAAAGAGGAACGAAGCUCUCACAUCCAUCGCCGGCGGGCUUCAGGCUUUCAACAGAGAGAAGGGAGGCUUCGGGUUCCGCUUCGGAAGGAAGUAAAAAAGGAGGGAGGGGUCGGGGAAAAGAAGCACUUGGACUUCUUGAGU